AUGGUUCAAAGCCAGCCUCAAGUGAAGGAACCCGGUUUUUCCUUCCACGGCAUUGGAGAGAUCAACCGACAUUGGCCACUGAUAUUUUAUCAUAGGCCCAAUUACACAGUGAAAGCAGUUCCAGACACAAAUGUGACUAUUACCUCUUACCACAAUAUCUACGUCUACACCCGAUCGAUUCUCUGGGCCGCCUACGGCACUGCAUUUGGCGUCACUACAUUGUGCGUUGCUGCUGGCAUCUUGUUAUAUUUCUCAAACGAUGGGUCCUAUAGCAGUAAAUUUUCGACGAUAUUUAGGGGCACUCAGGGCGCCAUAAUAUCCACGGAUCUCAGCAUAAGAGACUACAGUGGCCUUGACCCACUUCCGGACCACAUCGCAGAUGCGAAAAUGACAACCGGCUAUAACCCAGACUAUGACCCGGACUAUCCUGCCAAGGCAUUAUCCACAGCCCCUCAGGGUCAUCCUCAUCGAGAAUCAGCGGCUUCUAGUCAACUGCUUGCGACCAUAUCGGAUGAAGUCGUUCAUAAUAAUAGCAACAAGGGAAAUACCAUGAUAUAA